AUGAGUAAUCUCUCUGAUCUCCCCCCAUUCCUCCAUCUGGCUCCUCCUCUUCUUUCUCCUCGUCUUCCUCUGCUUCUCCUGAGCUACGUCCUCACACAUUCCCGUCUCCAUCUGGCUCCUCUUCUUUCUCCUCGUCUUCCCCUGCUUCUCCGGAGCUACGUCCCGUCUAUUUGCAACCACUUAUCCAGUAUGGAUUCCCAGGGAGUUCCCCCUCCCCCUUACCAGCAGAACACACCAGUUAUUCCGCAACUGAACGUACAGGACCCCCCGCACCUUGUGCUCGGGCAACCCGAGACACUCCCUCCCAUCCCCGUCGGCACUGAUCUCCUCCCAGCCGGACCGCACUUCAAGACGCCUCUCCUCGAGACGAUAUCUCAGAAGACCUUUCGGUGGGAGCCGUUACUUCGGUUACAAUACGCGGUGGCUUUGAGGGCUGUUUCCUUCCACGCCCAGAUUGGUGCGUCCGUUGCCCGUGUAGAGGCGACAACUAUCCAGAUUGUCGGCACUCCGGAGACAAGUCUAUGCACAGUAUGUCUAUCUAAUAAGGGACCUUUCUCUCAUUGCACCCGGGACCCUGCCACACGCCGGUGUGGCAACUGCCACUGGCUAGGGCGUUCGUGUUCCUUGGACCCGGAUCCAAACGCAACGAGUUCCACAAGGCGACGUAUGCAUCGUGUCUCCCGUGAAGAUCUUGCAAGCGCUGCAGACGAGCUAGAAAGCCUCCUCAAACAACGUGGGUCCCUCCGAACCUGCCUACGAGGAAUCGUCUCGAAGCUACACGAGGAUCAGGGGGCAGUGCGGCGGGCGAUACAAAGCAACGCCGCCACACACCAAGCGAUUGCCGCGCAAUCAUUCGCUCAGGCCCACCAAGUUCUGGGGAUUCAAGCUACGGACAUCGAGUGCCUUGGGAACAAGAUUGAGGAGUUACGGAGGGAGCAAGAGAGUAUCAUCAAUCUCCUCACCGAAACUGACCCCCGGUGA